UUCUAAUGAAUUUGUGAUUAAAGUUCUCUAAAAUCACCAUGAAAAGCACAGGAGUUUAAUGUUGACACUAUGCUAAAUGUUUGAGUGUAUUUAUAAUGUCUGGAUUUAUAUAAUUUUUUUUUUGAUUAAAGAGAAGUAAGAAGAGUUAAGCUUUCAAAACAAGACUAAUGUGUUUUAAAAUGCUUUAAUAAUGUUGGGAAUGGAUAAUAGUUUGCUUGGAUCUGAGGAUAGCUCUGCUGUCUCGUAUAUCUUAGACCAGGAAGAGCAUACGCUAGCAUUUGGAGAGGAUGCAACCUUGCAACAAAUUAAGAAUGACUUUGCAAGUGGUGGAUACACUGAAAUUAAAUUCUUUAACUGUGCACCCAUACCAGUGCAAGCCUUGUGUGACAUUAUACCCACAGUGAACUCAAAUUUAAAAUCGUUAAUCAUCUGUGAUACGCCUUGGAUCAAUGAUGAAUGCAUCGAGUUAUUUACUGCGUACUGUCAUAAAUUAUAUAAAAUUGAACUUCAGGGAUGUCUUGUACAUAUUACACGCUCUGGCAUUGAGUCUAUCAGUAGAAAUUGUGGUUCACUUCUUUCGUUGUCAAUUGUAUCUACUCCGAUUAAUGAUGUUGCGCUAGCACAAGGUAAUUGCUGUAAGGAACAAUGGAUGCUGGAUAAUAGAAUGUUUCCAGCACUUAUAAAUAAUAUGAACUCAAAGCUCAGACAUUUUGCUUUAUCAGGUUUUGAUACAUUAACUACUGAUUCGCUUAUAAAAUUUCUGUCAUAUUUUAAGGGAACGUUACAAUCGAUAGAUUUUAGUGAACUUAACAUUAUUGAUGAAAGUGUUUUGAAAUGUAUUGGUGAACACUGUAACCGUUUGUUUAUACUGAAGUUGAAUCAUUGUAUAAAAAUAACAGACACAGCUAUUUGUAUGUUGUUAUCUAAGAACUGCAACAUAGAAGUGCUUGAGUUAUGUGGCUGUCAACAGAUAAGUGACAUUUCAUGCGAUGCAAUUUCGAAAAACUGCCCGAAACUUUCCAUCAUUAAGCUAGACAAUUGUAAAAGAUUAACAGAAAAGUCACUGUCAUGUUUAUCGAAGGAGUGUAAAAGACUUUCUUAUAUCAGCAUGAGAGAAACAUCACUUAGAAGUCUACCUUACGUUCUUGGAAGUUUAAAAUAUCUAAGCUUCUUAAACGUAGAUGGAUGUGCUCAGUUGACAUUUCCACCCAAAGAAAUAAUUUCAAAAGGUGUUGCAGCAAUACAGACUAUUCUUUGCGAACACAAUAUUUCACAUCAAAUCCGAUGCAUGCUCUUAGGGAGCUCUCAAAGCGGAAAAUCUAGUAUCAUGUUUGCUUUGAAGGGUGAACAGAUAAAUAAUUUAGAUGGGGAGACUUUUGGUAUUCCUGUGCAGAAGUGGUAUCCCUUAGAAGCAGAUGGCUUGAACAUUUUACCAAAAUUUUGCGAAAACACCUCACUAUCCUUCGAGUUGUGGGAUUGCACAGGAAGACAGGCUAUGGAAGGCGUACAUGCAUUCUUUAUGAGCAAAAGAACAAUUUACAUUGUCGCUUUCAACCUUUCUGUUUAUAAUAGUGCUGAUAAAGUUGCAAAAUGGGUCAGCACAAUCCAGGCUAAGGGACCAGGUUGCAGCAUAAUCAUAGUAGCGUCUCAUCAUGAUUUAUCAACACAACCAAAAACAACACAGGCUUGUGAAAGAGUCAUGAAUAAAGUGAAAGAACAAGAAGAAAACCAAGUAGCUGAGAUUAAAGAAGAGUUGCUUUUUUUAAGAGAUUUGGGAUUAUUUGCAAUGAUUAGUUCAAAGCGACGUAAAUUGGAAUGGUUGUUAGAAAACAGACCAGCAGUUCAUCCAGUGAUUAUUCCUGUUAGCUCAAUAACAGGCGAGGGUAUUGAUGAGCUGAGAAAUACUAUGUUAAUGAUUGCAUUGGAAGUUGAAAGAUAUGCACCAGUUGUGUCAACAAAUGAACUAGAAAAUUUGUUUCUCGAAAUUUGUAACAAGAAGAAAGAAGGGAUUGUCAUCUUAAAAUGGAGUGAGGUUGUUGAAAUGAUGAAAUCAUAUAAAAUGGAUUCUGCUAGUAUUUUGGAAUUGCUUAAAGAACUUGACAAACUUGGUGUUGUCAUGUUGUUGAACACAUGUCUGGUUUCUUCAAGUUUCACAGAUAUUGGUAAUGACUGUCUGGUUUGCACAAACCCUCCCUUACUUGCUGAAGCAAUCUCUGCUUUGCACAGAAACGAACCUAACGCUCAAGAUAUUGUAAAUUAUCUUACCCGGGGUGGACAUAUUGACAAUAUUUGGACUGGUAACAAGCCUAACGAUUGGACAUUACGUAGCACAUUUAAUAAUAUUACCACAAAUGGAGUUAUCCGUGAAUGUAUCGUUCCUGUUCUGCUUUGUAAAUUAAAGCUAUCUGAUCCUAGGCAGUUUGAACUAAUCAUCGAAGCAAUCAAAAGUCUUUUUGUGCUAGUGAGUGGAGCUCCAAAUGCUAGUUACGAUGUGGAACUAAUCGUACCCAACAUGAAAGCCUUAUCAGUAUACAAGCGCUACUUUUUACCAUUGCAAGGACUACUUCCAGUAAUACCACAGCUUAAUGCAUGGCUUCCAAAAUGUCCACCCACCCACAUUCAAGUUGGUUGGAACUAUCGUUUUGUUGGUUCAAUUCCCCCACAUCUGUUUCUCACUCUCAUUUCUGCAUGCACUCUGGUGCACAGCACUUCUGAGACGCUUAGUUAUUGGCAAUCUGGCGCAUACCUCAGAUGCAGUGAUGUUGAUGUGAACGUCUGCCAGUGGAAGGAUAAAUUGGUGCUGCAAGUUCUAGCUCGCACAAAGAGUAUUGCUGGGACAAGACAAGCAGUAAAUAAAGCUUGGUGUUGUUUAGCAAAGUAUCUUUAUACUGUUGAGAUGAUUCUCGCCUCGUUUCCUGGACUGUACUAUGAAGUUCUAUCGGUUACCAGCAGUCAUUGUAAACCAGUGUUGGAAGUUAUUGACGAAUUUGAAGCAGGAGAUAUCAGUGAGCCUGACGUGCUUUGGUUUAUCCCAUUGAAAGGUAGUAUCAGAAACUCAAUACGAUCUGCAUCACUCCCGCCAAAUUAUUUUCCAUGGCUGAAAUCCAUUUAUGAUCAAAACAAAGUUUAUUUGAGCUUCUCGUCUGAGCUUUCAACUGAAGUGAAAUCAAUAAAACACUAUCUUCAAUCGGCUGGUUACGACGUUUCCACCGACCAAACCGACCCCAUCGGUGCUGUCGACGAAUCUCGCUUGAUUGUUUGCAUUCUGUCGGAUUCUUACUUCACAGAAGAUAAACUUUCUCUUAUCAAAAACAACAUCAAAGAACAAAAGUUUGUGCUGGCUAUAUUUGAAGCGGAUUUAUCCAUCGAGAACCGUGGUCACGAGGAUAUAUUGAUAAAUAAACCCCGGGUUGACAUAAGUGGCGGAACUGGAAAGGGGUCGUCUUACAAAGCAGAAGGAAGCGAAUUGAAAAGCCUCGUAGAAGCAUGUAAUAAUAUUAUCUAUGGACAUGGAUCUCUUGGUGAAGGACUAAAACGAAUUUCAUUGGCGACGGCUGCUUUUUCAAAUGCCGGAUACACCAGCGGCCACACUACGUCACUAACCAACAAACCAUUUGCACAGUUUUCUGAUAUCGUUAAGGAAUACACUAACAUGAGCUCAGAAGCAGAGGUGAAGCUGGUUGCCGCUACUGCUGUUGCCGCCGCAGUUGCCUCUGCCACAGCGGAGCACAUUGCUAAGCAAUCUAACCCGACAAUGGGCGCCAAAGCGGCUGCCAUGGCGGCAGAAGUCGCCGAUGCUGUUGCCAAGGGAGAUGCAGAAAGGGCUGCGAAAGCUGUGAUAGCAACAGCAAAGUCAGUGGAUGAGGUAGUGGCUUUCUCGAAUGUACGUCAAUCUGUGUCGAGUAAGCCAAAUGGUGUAAAGGCUACACCUAAUCCAGAUAGUUCACAAAACGUGCCGAAAAGCUCUAUGUGUGUCAUCAUUUAACUUUUCGAAAGAUAAAAUAUUCUGAACUUUACUCUAAGUUAUAAAACCAAUGGAAUAAAAACUGGCUAUUUGCUUCCUCACAAAACGGAACAGUUUCAUUACGAAAUACGCAAUGGUGUCUGAAGCAACCAAAUAAACCUAUUUGUUUACCAAUUUUGGCGGGAGUCCUGGAUUUGAAAUGGUACCAGAUCUAGACGAAAAUAUUGAAUUUGAUAUUAGUUGCAUGUAACGUAACGAAUAAAAAUGACACUUUAUUUAUCAAAAAUUGUACAUAGUGUAAUAUAGUAAACAAAAAAUACAAUCUUAGUGUCCA